AUGAUGUUUCUGUUGGCAGAAGAAAGUAUAUCGAGUCUAAUAGCUGUGAGGAGACCUGGAGUCAUUGCUUUAUUUGAUGUCGAUGGGACUCUAACAGCUCCUACAAAUAACAUUUUCCUUCUUUUUAAAUUCUACAGGUUGUUACAGUUGGUGCUGUGGGAGGAUCUGACCUUUCAAAGAUUUCAUAACAGCUUGGCAACCCAGGUGGUUGGAUUGGCGGCACUGAAGAAAUACGUUGCCCUUCUCCGGGAGGCCGCCGCCAAUUACUACGGCGAUCUCAAAUUCUCGCGUUCAUCGCCACCGUCGCUCACGCUAACAGUCUGUGGGCCGUCGAACAAAGGCCACCGCUUCGUGGCGGCGGUGCAAUUGUUGGAGCCAUUAUUCAGCGUCGUCUCCGCCACCGACGACGGCGAUUACCGUUACCAGUUUCACCUCGAAGAAUUCUUUCAUGCACUGAAUUGCACGAAAGAUGAUUUUUGCUUGACCGCCAUCAUUCCGGAAUCCGCUGGGAAGGCCAACUUCCUAUUUUGCAGUAGAUUACGUGGCGAGGAGCGAUGUUUCUUUUCGUCGAAAUUGAGUCCUCCCGAUAUCGAAGAAGUGGGCAAAUUUGGGUACAAAGGAGGGUUUGUGGCAAUUGAUGCUGAAAGAUUCAGAGAUAUUGCAAAACAUUGUCUGUCUACGAGCUUCCAAUUUGCUGUUACAACAACAACAUGCCACAAUAGUCCCAUCCUUCUUACUGCAAAGGACCGAGAGUGCUCGACAGGAGGUUUGAAUGGCGUGGUCCAAUUCUCAAUCACUAUGAAUCCUGUGAGUUUUUUCGUGGGUGCAUCACAUUUGACCAAAUUUGUGUGGUUCUUUGGGUCAGCUGAUUGGAAAACUGUAGUGAUUCGCUUUAUUGGACAGCAUGCUCACGUUAUGGCCUAUUAUUAUUCCCCACGUGGGUGAGAAUUUUCAUUUUUAUUUGGCGAAAAUACAACAUUUUGAGUUUUAAUUUCAUGAUUACCACCCUUUUCCAAUUCGA